ACUCUCCAAUAUCUCUUGCGCCCUCUUCAGUUCGAAAGUCUUUUCUCAGUUUCCACAAGAAGACAUGGCUGCUACUCUUUUUGCCAGCUCAUUCUCUAGGUUUCCUACCAGAAAGUUCUUCCUCUUGCCAGGCUAUGGAAGACGGUGCAUCUCUGUGUCCUCCUCGCUGGCAGCACGGAUACACGUCAGCUACGAGCUCAAGGAUGAUGUUGCGGUUAUCAGACUGAAUGAUCCAGCAUCCAAGGCGAGUACACUGUCUGUGCAGAUGCAGUCUGAGCUGACAGAAGUGAUGAGUGAGAUCUGGUCGAACGGAGCUGUGAAAAGUGCUGUUCUUAUCUCCAGCAAGCCUGGCUGCUUUAUUGCUGGGGCAGACAUCAAUAUGAUCCAGGCCUGCAAGAGUCGGGAGGAGGUUACCCGUCUCUCUCGGGAAGGUCAGAAGAUGUUUGAAAGGAUUGAGAAAUCCCCCAUCCCCAUUGUUGCCGCCAUCAAUGGCUCCUGUUUGGGUGGAGGCCUCGAGUUUGCCAUAUCCUGUCAGUAUCGAAUCGCUACCAAAAGUCGGAAAACAAUACUGGGCACACCAGAGGUCUUGCUUGGACUGCUGCCUGGAGCGGGCGGUACCCAGAGACUACCGCAAAUGGUGGGUCUCCCUGGAGCAUUUGACAUGAUGCUGACAGGCAGGAAUAUCCGUGCUGAUAAAGCGAAGAAAAUGGGCCUAGUGCACCAGCUUGUGGACCCUCUGGGUCCUGGUUUGAAGCCGGCAGAGGAGAGGACGAUUGAGUACUUGGAGGAAGUGGCAGUAGGCGUGGCCAAAGGUAUCGCCAAUCAGACGGUUCCCCUUUCAAAAGAGAAAAGUGUCAUGCAAAAGCUACAGGACACGGUGAUGGGUCUCGGCCCUGUCAAGAAGAAAAUCUACCGGACUGUCAGCGAGAAGGUUCAGAAACAGACUAAAGGACUCUACCCUGCGCCAGUCAAAAUCAUUGAGUCAAUCAAGACUGGAGUGGAGCAGGGAAGAGAAGCAGGCUAUCAGGCGGAAGCUGAGAACUUUGGCAAACUGGCUGUGACGUCAGAGUCCAAAGCUUUGAUCGGCCUUUAUCACGGUCAAGUGACUUGUAAGAAGAACCGAUAUGGGAACCCGGAAAGGGAAGUCAAGACUCUUGCAAUCCUGGGUGCAGGGCUAAUGGGUGCGGGUAUUGCUCAGGUAUCCAUCGACAAAGGACUCAACACCAUACUGAAGGACGCCACAGUGGAAGGCAUCAGCCGAGGAGAAGAACAGGUCUACAACAGUCUCAACACGAAGGUAAAGAAGAAGGCACUGUCCUCUUUUGAGCGCGACGCUACGCUGUCCAACCUCUCCGCCCAGUUAGACCUCACGGGCUUCUCGUCCGCCGACAUGGUGAUCGAGGCCGUGUUUGAGGAUAUCAACGUGAAACACAAAGUCCUCCAGGAGAUGGAAGCAGUGAUCCCUCCUCACUGCGUGUUUGCAUCCAACACUUCAGCACUGCCCAUUAAGGAUAUUGCUGCUUCAAGCAAACGGCCCGAAAAGGUGAUUGGCAUGCACUACUUCUCACCAGUGGACAAGAUGCAGCUGCUGGAGAUCAUCACCACAGAUAAAACGUCCAAGGACACGCUGGCUUCAGCUGUGAGUGUGGGCCUCAGACAGGGCAAGAUCGUCAUUGUUGUCGGGGAUGGUCCUGGUUUUUACACCACUCGCUGCUUGGCUCCCAUGCUGGCUGAAGCUGUCAGGGUGCUUCAGGAGGGCGUAGAUCCGAAGAAGCUCGACAACUUGACAACCAGCUUUGGUUUUCCAGUCGGCGCGGCGACGCUCGCUGAUGAAGUUGGUAUUGACGUGGCAGCUCAUGUGGCUGAGGAUCUUGGCAAAGCUUUUGGUUCUCGCUUUGGAGGUGGAAAUGUGGAGGUUCUGAAGACCAUGGUAGAGAAAGGCUUCAAAGGUCGUAAGUCGGGAAAGGGCUGUUUCAUCUAUGGCAAAGGAAAAAAAGACAAGAGUGUGAAUUCCGAUGCUGAAGCAAUUCUCAAAAGAUACAAACUCAGUGCCCCUCCCUCCGUUUCUUCGGACUCUGACAUCCAGUACCGGCUCGUGUCUCGCUUUGUGAACGAGGCCGUGUUGUGUCUUCAGGAAGGAAUCCUGACAAAUCCAGUAGAGGGAGACAUCGGGGCUGUGUUUGGACUUGGCUUUCCUCCCUGCCUGGGUGGUCCGUUCAGGUUUGUGGACUCACUUGGCGCAGAGCGUCUAGUUGGCACCAUGAAGCGUUUUGAGGAAGUGUACGGAAACCAGUUCACACCUUGCCAGCUCUUACUUGACCACGCUAAAGACUCGAGCAAGAAGUUCCAUAAUUGAUCCCAUCAUCCUUGGUCGUAAAUGUGAGUCAGUUUUAAUAAGCAUCUCUUGGACUGAAUCCAUUCUCUAAUCAUGAUAGUUGAUGUAAUCAUGGAGAAGUUUGUACAUUUGACCGCCCUGUAGUUGCAGUUCGAGAAUGUUCAAGUAACAAAAGACAGGUGCUGAAUUAAAAAAAACGUGGGCACUUUUUGUUCUUGAAGUAUUUGUAUUUUUUCUAUUCCAAAUGAAACUGAACCGUGACUAGCGCAAUUAUAUAAGAGAGAAUUCACUUGAAGCAGGAAGACAAAACUGAACUGCAUAAAAUUCCCCCACAAUUGUCAGUAAUCAUAAAAUAACACCUAUUCAAAGUGUGUUCCAAAAUGAAAUCUGAACGUGGACAUGCAUUGUAACCAAGCAUGAUUUAAUUCAUUGUUUACAUGACUACGUACAUGAAGCGUUUGAAAGGUGAUCUGAGGUACAUUUUAGAAAUUCUAUUUUUGAGGCAGUGAACAUUCACACACGACUACAAACAGAACAGUGUGUUUUAUCCAAAGAGGGAAUGUUAAAAAAAAAAAAAAAAGCUACAUUGCCCCCCCCUCCCCCGGGAAAAAAAUGUCACCCAUCAGAGAAUACUGCAAAUGUAUUGAUUUUAUGAAUUGUAGAUUGCUUCUAAUUAUCUUUCAAUAGAUGGGCACAAAACCUCAAAACUAUUUUGAAGGAUUCUAAUUGUCUGAAAAGGGAGGCUGUAAAUUACUUUUGGCCACUUGAAUGGCGUCAUGAUCCUCUACUGUGGGUCAAGAUAACUUUAUUUGUCACCAGCAUUGCAUAUGAAAGGAUCCAAUGUACCAUGUAACUUUUUACACAUUCUUUAUGCACUGCCCGCAUGUGUGUCUACGUCAUUUGGCAUCUUCUGACAUUGUGCAUAUUUGACCGAAGCUGUGCCAAAGACAUAAAAAAAUAAUCUAUCUUACGUAUAUCAUUGCCAUUUGUGAGUAAACCAGUUCCAAUGAGGGAUUCCGAGAGGAAACGGGUCUGCAUGCCACAGC